AUGGAUAUAAUCGUCGGUGAUCAUCUCACCAAAAAAAUUGAUAAACUGAAGGUUCUGGAGGAUUUAACAACAAAUGUAAAGCAGAUACAAGACGAUGUAUUGGAGGAGAUACUCACACUAAACUCAAGCACAAAAUAUCUCCAAAACUUCUUUCAUGGGAGAUUUGAUAAAGAGAUAUUCAAGAAGAACGUACCGGUGGUAACAUAUGAAGAUGUUAAGCCAUAUAUCGAACGUGUCGUGAAUGGAGAACCGUCGAAUGUCCUUUCGGCCCGGCCUAUCACCGGUUUCGUACUAAGUACGGGAACUUCAGGGGGAGCACAAAAAAUGAUGCCAUGGAAUGAGAAAUAUUUAGACAACUUGACCUUCAUGUAUGAUCUUCGGAUGCACGUUAUAAGCAAUAAUGUGGAAGGUUUGGAGAAAGGAAAGGCGAUGAUGUUUUACUUCACUAAACUCGAAACCGUCACACCUUCUGGCUUGCCUGCUCGGGUCGCAAGCAGUAGCUAUUUAAAGAGCAACUAUUUCAAGAACCGUCCAUCGAACUGGUACUACACGUACACCAGUCCUGAUGAAGUCACAUUAUGUCCAGACUACAAACAGAAUCUCUACUGCCAUUUGCUUUGUGGUCUGGUUCAAAGAAACGAGGUUACAAGAAUUGGUUCUAUCUUUGCUUCAGUCAUGGUUCGAGUAAUCAAGUUUCUUGAAGAUUCAUGGGAGGAGUUGUGUUCAAACAUCCGAUCGGGGCAGCUCAGCGAGUGGAUCACGGACAUCGGUUGUCGAGAUUCCGUGUCUAAAGUUCUUGGUGGGGCUCAGCCUGAAAUGGCAAACACCAUUGAAAAUAUUUGCAAGCAAAAGUGUUGGAAAGGUAUAAUCACAAGACUUUGGCCAAAGGCUAAAUAUAUUGAAACUAUUGUAACAGGUUCGAUGGCACAGUAUGUUCCCACCUUGAAUUAUUACACUAAUGAUAUGUUGCCUCUCAUUUCAACUAUCUAUGCUUCGUCGGAGACUCAAUUCGGGUUAAAUCUCAAUCCUAUGUGUAAGCCUGAAGAUGUAUCGUACACUUUCAUGCCCAAUGUGUCCUACUUCGAGUUCAUACCAGUUGAUGGAGAUAAGAAUGAUGUUGUUGACCUUGGAGAUGUGAAACUCGGAUGUUCUUAUGAAGCUGUGGUCACAAAUUUCUCAGGCUUAUAUAGAAUAAGAAUUGGAGAUAUUCUAGUUGUGACUGGUUUCCACAACAAAGCACCACAGUUUAAGUUUGUAAGAAGGGACAACGUGGUUUUAAGCAUUGACUUGGACAAGACUAACGAAGAGGAUCUGUUUAAGGCGGUUAAUCGCGCAAAACUCGCUCUAGACGACUCAUCAGAUCUCAUGCUAGUGGACUUCACUAGCUAUGCUGAUAUCUCCACUGUCCCGGGUCACUACGUUGUUUAUUGGGAAGUAAAAGACAAAAGCCAAGACAGGAAGAUCAAGAAGCAUAUGGAGCUCGAACAAGAGACAUUCUCCAAGUGUUGUUUACUAAUGGAGGAUUCAUUGGACAAUGUUUACAAGAUCUGUCGGUUUAAAGAAGAAUCAGUAGGACCAUUGGAGAUAAAGGUGGUGUGUCAUGGGACAUUUGACUCUCUUAUGGAUUUCUUCAUCUCACAAGGUGCUCCUAUUGGUCAAUACAAGACUCCAAGGUGCAUUAAAUCAGGAAAAGCCUUAGAGGUAUUAGAGAAAAGUGUGGUAGCCACAUUCUUUGGUACUGGAUAGACAAUGUUGCUUAUAGUUGCCAAUAAAUAUGCAUGUGCUCAUACGAGCUGCAUAUUAGUUUUUCUUAAUUGUUGGAUUUUCUUAAUCUGUUUUAAACGAUUAAGAAAAUCUCGCAUAGUUUUAUUAUCAUGGAGAUUAUCUAUGAUCCGUGCUAUAAGAGCAAAGAAAACAAAUGAAA